GUGAGGCGGCGGAGGAGGCGGGGGAAAAUGGCGGACGGCAGAGCCGAGGGGGAGAAGGCGAAGCGGCCGCAGCCCGCAGGAGGUGAACAUGUAGCGCCUCUCGCCGCGGAGCUGUGGGGACCUGAAGAAGAGGCAGAAAAACCUGUGAAAACUAAGACUGUUUCUUCCAGUAAUGGAGGAGAAAGUUCGAGUCGCAGCGCAGAGAAACGGGCAGCUAAUGAAGAAGCUGAAGACUUCACCACAAAGCCUGCUCCUGCCAAAAUGUCCAAGUUUGGAUUUUCCAUAGGCAGUCAGACAACAAAGAAGGCAUCUGCAAUAUCCAUCAAACUGGGAGCAAAUAAGCCUAAAGAGCCUGUUCCAACUCUGGCUCCAAAAACCCUUUCUGUAGCAGCAGCUUUCAAUGAAGAUGAAGAUAGCGAACCAGAGGAAAUGCCCCCCGAAGCCAAGAUGCGCAUGAAGAACAUCGGAAGGGAUACACCAACUUCAGCAGGACCAAAUUCGUUCAAUAAAGGAAAGCAUGGAUUUUCUGACAACCAGAAGCUAUGGGAACGAAAUAUAAAAUCUCAUCUUGGAAAUGUCCAUGACCAAGAAAACAACUAAAUGAUGUGGAUUACAAGUUGGGUGUUUUGGGGGGAGGGGAGGGUGUAACAUUAAAGGAACAGUUUCCUUUUUUAAGAAUGGUAUGAGACUAUCUUUGGAGCCACUUUUUUAAGACUUUGAGUGGUACACUAAUAAAUGAGUUUGAAAUUAGAGGUAAUUUAUGUUUUGUAUACAGAUUUCAAGGCAUUUGCUAAUUUUGUAGUUCAUGUGAUUAGUUUCAAAAGGUUACAGAUAAUAAAGAAAUUGGAGUGGUACCUUUUUAAGAUAAUUUUUUUUGUCAGUGAUUAAAUAAGGUGGAUGAAAAAGGUUACUGUCUCUUUAAUCAGGUUAAAAUUGAAUGCUCUUGCAUUCUCACUUCUGGCUCCCUCUUCGUAACAGGAGAAACAGUUGACUCCUAUGAAUUCUGCUAAAGAGAGUGAGCAUUGUCUUGUACUAGAAGUGUUACUGGACUAUUACUUUGAAUAUAAUCUUACACAGGAAAUAGUAAGAACUUGGAUUUUUUUUCUCCCUGCAGUCACCUUUUGUUAAGUCUCUGCAAACUAGGAAUUACGUUGCUCUGAGUGGCUCUGGUAACUUAGCUCUGAUUUUGUUUAAAACUUCAUGUAGGGUGUGUAACCUUCAGUGGCCUGUUCUGUCCUAAGGAAAUGGGCCUUGUCUGUAUAUUAGAUACAGUCUGUAAAGAAUAUUCAUUACAAAGGUAAAUCAGUAUUUUCAGUGUGCUCCUUUUAAAUCAUUAGCCUUGAGUAGUGCUUGUUAGCAUUUCCUAGUGGUACACAAAAACCACCACCAAAAAUACAAGCUAAUGUACAUUAAGCUUCACCUUUGAUUGAAAUAUUUUUCUUUACUAUGCCUAGAAGGAAUAAAAGCCACACCAAAAAUCAGUAACUCACUGCUUAAGUAUGAAAAAUCUAAGAUGCACUUUCCCUGUCUUGUCAUUUAAGACAAAAUGCCUUGAUGCCUAUGACCUCAGUGGACACUAUCAGGUCAAAGAAUUCUGUAUCUGCAGUCCUGCUGUUCCUAGCAAGUAUCAGCUUCAGAAAUAAAAUUUGACCUUUUCCUGCCUGUCUUCCUUUUGCAGUGAUUUUCAGCAGUGACAUGAAUCUGGUCAGUUUAUUUCUUAGCUUCCAUACUGCAGGACAGUGCUGAAGGAUUUCAGUGCUAGUAGUGACUGUUUAAGUUUAAGUCUAAUUUAGAUUGCCUAUUUGUAAAAACAUUUUAUUAACAGAACUGGUUAAAUAGAACAUUAUCAACAGCAAUACCACCACCUGCCCCAACAGCACCACCUCCCAUACCCCAAAUAAGGUUCGUUUAAACUCAAAUACCUGAUAGUGUCAACCACUAAAUUAAUUUCAGCUGGAAAAUGGUUGUAGCAUUCAAUAUAUUAGUUGCUUUCAUCCUGCCUCUAAAACUGUCUUCUUGUGAAAGUUGAACUUGCAAGUGCAGAAAGGAAAGUGCAUCUUGAAAUGUAUUUUUUUAUUAUUAUUUUUAUUUUAGGAAAGCUCUGACCACUUAGACUUUUGAGUUUGUAAGUUCUAAAAAUAUUUUUUUGUAUUUUUGUAUUGUAUGUGUAAUCUUCUUUUCUUUUGAAGUCUGAUGCAGUUGAAUACCUGUAACUGUUUUCUUUUAAAAGCCUUGUUAUAAACUUAACAUAAAAAUGUAUACAUUAUUUUUCUUCCAUAGCAGAAAUAUUUGGUUUAUUUAAAACACACUUUCAAAACUGACUUUCAGGACUUCCAAAACCAAUUUGGGCAUUACUGGAACUAGGCAACACAAACUUUUCACUUAUUUUCAUCACAUGUGGUUAUGUUUGUUUAAAUAAAUCCCUUUAAGAUAGUGGUAA